AAGUGGUCAGCUUUCUGAUAGUACGGGGAUGGGUUUUUGGUGACCUGAAUCAAUUGAAGUCGCUAUGGGAAUGCAAGACAUAGCAUCUUCUCAACAUGACCGAGGUUUCUUGGACAGGUACUCUUGGGGGGAAACGGAGGCAGACCGGGCUCUUUUAUGUACACGGGUGUACUGAUUGUUUAAUCCUGGUAUUGCCUGGAGUUCUUCUUCCGAGAUCCAUGCAAGUCUGCAAACCAGAAAUUCCUUCAUACCAUUUACUCCUUCUCUUGAGUGGAAUACAGUAUGAAUGAUAGUAUUUGGAAUGUAUCGUAGAGGACUAAGCGUAAUAUAAGAAGCACUAUAACUAAGUAAAAUUUUAGGUAGACACUCAGUACCAAAUUCUCAA